AUGUUCGGGAAAAAGCUUGGUUCCAUGCUUAGCAGCUUCGGCUCGUUUCUAGCUGUGGGCACUAUACUUUUCCCCAGCCUUGCACUCGCCAAUGUCGAUGACCCAGCAAAGAAUGUCACACCAAACCACACCGAGUUCUCUCUCUUCCGCAGUGCUAAUAUGAACAGCCCAGAUAAGCUAUCGACGGGCAUUGGGUUUCACUCGUUUCGAAUUCCUGCUGUUGUCACCACGAAAACGGGUCGCAUCCUCGCCUUCGCCGAAGGGAGAAGGUUCAAUCGAAACGAUUGGGGUGACAUCAACUUGGUGUAUAAGAGAACAAAGACGACAACUAGCCAUGGUCUUACCGCCAGUGACUGGGAAAAUUUGCAAGAGGUGAUUGGCAAAGGGGACGGGACCUGGGGAAACCCUACCCCUGUCGUGGAUGGCGAUACAAUAUAUCUUUUCAUGAGCUGGAACGAUGGCCAGUACAGCCAAGACGGGGAUGAUGACUUGCCAAACGGCGAGAAAACAAAGAUGGUGGAUUCUACCUGGGAAGGGAGGCGACACCUUUACCUGACUAAGAGUACUGAUGAUGGCAAGACCUGGUCAACGCCCAAUGACCUAACAAAAACACUUACUCCUAAUGGAAAGGCGUGGGAUGCCGUUGGUCCCGGAAAUGGAAUCGUCACGACAUCGGGCGAAAUCGUUGUACCAGCCAACGGCCGCAACAUCGUUGGGCGUGGCACUCCUGGCCAGCGUACCUGGACAUAUCAACCUCUAACAGGAGCCGGGUCAGAGGGCACUAUCGCCCAAACACCUAAUGGCAAGCUAUACCGCAACGAUAGAGCUGGGAAACCAGACGAUUAUAGGAAAGUUGCCCGAGGGGAUCUUUCAUCCUUCGGGGCUUUUUCACUCGAUACCGGACUCCCGGACCCAGCGUGUGAGGCUUCAACCUUGCUCUACAACCUGGCCAAUGAUGCUGGGCCGGCUCGAGUGUUGUUUAUGAACUCGGCUCAUAAGGAUUUGCGGACUUUUAUGCGAGUGCGUAUCAGCUACGACGACGAUGCGGCAAAGUUCAAUUAUGGGCGAGAACUGAAGGAUGCACCCAUCAGCGGUAUCGGGGACGAGGGGGGGUACUCGAGCAUGACGAAAACCGGUGACGCCAAGGUUGGAGCUCUGGUAGAAGCAAACAAGGAUGGCUACAUGAACAUUGUCUGGAGAAGAUUCAACUUGUCUUGGAUUCUAAAUGGGCCAGACAACUAA